AUGGCACCAACACGCUCUUCACGCAAUAGUGGCGUCGAUACAGAUACCUCCAUGGCGGAUGCUUCCGAAAUUAAGCAGCUGCCUGUUGACCCUAUGGAUGUCGAUGAAACCCCAGAUUUCACAGAAGAUUCUGACACCAAUCCAAAUACAACAGAAAGCAGUGUUCAUGGUGACGCAUUAACAGCAGACGGACGAAAACGAAGAUCAGAAGCCACUCAAUUACGUCGGAGUGUUUUUGGCAAAAAACAUGACCGUCUUGGUGAAUCUAAGGAAGACGACUCCAUUCGACGUUUCCGAUAUCUUCUUGGCUUAACAGAUUUGUUUAGGCAUUUCAUCGAAACGAAUCCAAACCCGCGCAUUCAGGAGAUUAUGCACGAGAUUGAUCGCCAAAAUGAAGAAGCUGAACAGAAAAAGAAAAUUGCAGAUAGAAAGGGUGGCGCAGCCAACGACAGACGCCGCAGAACAGAGGCAGAAGAAGACGCAGAGCUCCUUAAAGACGAAAAGGCUGGAGGAUCUGCAGAAACGGUAUUUCGCGAAUCGCCGGGUUUCAUUCAGGGGGAGAUGCGAGACUACCAAGUUGCCGGGUUGAAUUGGCUGGUUUCUCUUCACGAAAACGGUAUUUCAGGAAUUCUUGCAGAUGAGAUGGGUCUAGGAAAGACUUUGCAAACAAUCGCAUUUUUAGGCUACCUCAGACAUAUCAUGGAUACCACUGGUCCCCAUCUAAUCGUCGUCCCGAAAUCUACGCUUGAUAAUUGGAGGAGGGAGUUUACAAGAUGGACACCGGAGGUCAAUGUUUUGGUACUCCAGGGAGCGAAGGAUGAGCGCAAUAUUCUGAUCAACGAGCGACUUAUUGAUGAAAAGUUUGACGUCUGUAUCACGAGUUACGAAAUGAUUCUUAGAGAGAAAUCUCACUUGAAGAAAUUUGCUUGGGAAUACAUCAUUAUUGACGAGGCCCAUCGCAUCAAAAACGAGGAGUCUUCCCUUGCGCAAGUCAUUCGUUUAUUUAAUUCACGGAACCGACUUUUGAUAACUGGUACCCCGUUGCAAAACAAUUUGCAUGAGUUGUGGGCCCUUCUCAACUUUUUGCUUCCAGAUGUUUUCGGUGAUGCGGAUGCAUUUGAUCAAUGGUUUUCUGGCCAGCAAGAAGAUCAAGAUACCGUUGUACAGCAAUUGCAUCGCGUAUUGCGCCCCUUUUUGCUUCGUCGAGUCAAGGCCGAUGUCGAAAAGAGUUUAUUGCCCAAGAAGGAGAUUAAUCUGUACAUUGGUAUGUCCGAUAUGCAGGUCAAAUGGUACAAGAAGAUUCUGGAGAAGGAUAUCGACGCAGUCAAUGGAGCUGGUGGCAAACGCGAAUCGAAAACGCGGCUUUUGAACAUUGUCAUGCAACUUCGAAAGUGCUGCAAUCAUCCGUAUCUGUUCGAGGGUGCCGAACCUGGUCCACCUUACACUACCGAUGAACAUUUGGUCUUCAAUGCUGGAAAGAUGGUCAUGUUAGACAAACUUCUUACACGCAUGAAGAAGGCUGGCAGUCGAGUCCUGAUCUUCUCCCAGAUGAGCAGACUUUUAGACAUCCUUGAAGACUACUGUGUUUUCCGCGAGUUCAAGUAUUGCCGAAUUGAUGGUGGCACAGCCCACGAGGACCGUAUCUCAGCCAUCGAUGAUUACAACAAGCCAGACAGUGAGAAAUUUGUCUUCCUUUUGACUACCAGAGCUGGUGGUCUUGGUAUCAAUUUAACCAGUGCCGAUAUUGUUGUACUGUACGACAGUGAUUGGAAUCCGCAGGCAGAUUUGCAAGCUAUGGACCGAGCACAUCGUAUUGGACAAACGAAACAAGUUGUGGUAUACCGAUUCGUUACUGAGAAUGCCAUCGAGGAAAAGGUUUUAGAACGUGCUGCGCAGAAGUUACGUCUGGAUCAACUUGUUAUCCAACAAGGUCGUGCCCAGAUCGCUGCUAAGGCAGCUGCCAAUAAGGAUGAUCUCUUGAAUAUGAUCCAGCACGGAGCCGAAAAGGUUUUCGCAACGGCUGGACCAACAGGUGCUCUUGCUGAAAAGGGUACAGAUCUUGACGAUGACGAUAUUGAUGAGAUUUUGAAGCAUGGCGAGAAGCGUACUGCAGAGCUCAAUGCUCGUUACGAGAAACUCGGUAUCGAUGACCUUCAAAAUUUCACAUCUGAAUCUGCUUACCAGUGGGAUGGUAAGGAUUUCAGUCACCAGAAGAAGGAUAUCGGUAUAACCUGGAUUAAUCCUGCCAAACGUGAGCGCAAGGAGCAAUCUUAUUCCAUGGAUAAAUACUAUAAACAAGCUUUGUCUACUGGCGGUCGGGUUGCAGACCCAAAACCCAAAGCACCUAAGGCCCCCAAACAAGUCACAGUCCAUGAUUACCAAUUCUUUCCACCAACACUACGAGAUUUGCAGGAUCGCGAAACUGCAUUUCAUCGUAAAGAAAUUGGUUACAAGGUUCCUCUACCAGAUGGUGCAGACGAAGAUCUCUCGGACCGGGAGGCCGAACGUAACUUGGAACAACUGGAGAUUGACAAUGCUACUCCUCUUACCGAAGAAGAGCAAGAAGAGAAGCAACUUCUAUCUCAGCAAGGUUUCGCUGAAUGGAAUCGUCGAGAUUUUCAACAAUUCAUCAACGGUUCUGCAAAAUAUGGCCGUAAGGAUUUCAACAUGAUUGCUGAGGAAGUGGACAGCAAGGAAGUAGAAGAUAUCAAAGGUUAUGCCAAUAUUUUUUGGCAACGAUACACCGAAAUUGCGGAUUAUGCCAAAUACAUCGGUUUGAUUGAAGCUGGUGAAGAGAAAACGAGAAAGAUGGAUCAUCAACGAAAGAUGUUGCGCAAGAAAAUGCAACAAUAUCGAGUGCCAUUGCAACAGCUCAAGAUCAACUACUCAGUAUCGACUACAAACAAAAAGGUCUAUACUGAGGAGGAAGAUCGUUUCUUGCUUGUUCUUCUAGACAAGUAUGGAGUUGAUAGCGAUGGUAUCUAUGAACGAAUUCGUGAUGAUAUUCGUGAAAGUCCCCUUUUUCGAUUUGAUUGGUUCUUCUUGAGCAGAACCCCUAUCGAGAUUAGCAGAAGAUGCACAACACUUUUGACCACGGUUGCAAGGGAAUUUGACGAGCCAGCUGCAGUCAAAGCUUCAAAUGGUAUUGCAAAUGGCAAGGCCAAAAGAGAACCUGAAGAUGAUGAGAAUGACGAGGAUAGUGUAUUGGGCAUGGCACCUGCUAAAAAGAAGUCGAAAAAUGGUAACAAGGCACUUGAUAGCGUCAAGUCUACUGUUGGUAGCAAGGCAGCUUCAGCAACUCCAUCUUCAAGAGCUUCAAGUGUUCUUUCAAAUGUAUCAAGUCCAGCACCAGUUUCGGCUUCUAAGAGCAAGUCUAAGGGUGUGGAAGAACUUUUGAUACGCGAUGAUGAUGAUGAUGAUGAUGAUGAUGAUGAUGCUGUGAGUGAUGAUGCUGUGAGAGGAUACGUGGAGGGUGCGAGGUCACGGUGGAGUGGUAAUGAAAUGUACCUAUGGACAUGGUCUACCUCAUUCGUUGAUAUGUCUUAUUAA